GCGACUUCUUCUUACCACCAACAUCAACACUCCACGCAUACUCAUUCCAACAAUCCAAACGCAGCCACUCCAACAAACACUCACCCCACCCCACCCCACCAAAACCAACCACCCAGCCGACAAAAUGGGAGAUCAGGAGUGGGACAGCGUCACUCGCAUCGGAUCCAAGGUCCGCGGCCCAGGCACUGCCCAGCGCGAAACAACAAUCAAGGGCAAGUCCGCCUUGAACGCCGCUCAACGUAGCGGAGCCGUCCUCAGCACCGACAAGAAGUUCUCAUCGGCAAACGCCGCGGGCAACCCAGAAGGCCAACGACUCACCAAAGUCGACCGCGCCGACGGCCCCGUCGCGACCAAAAAAGUCCCCGACGAAGUCGCCAAAGCCCUCUCACAGGCCCGCACGCAGCUCAAGAACCAGAAAGGCAACACCAUGACACAGAAAGAUCUUGCAUCGAAAGCCAACGUCGACGUCGCGGUCGUUGCUGCUCUAGAGCGCACGGGAGCAGAUUUCCCGGCUAUGGAUGCUGUGCUGAAGAUUCAGAAGGCGGCCAAUGUUAGGCUGACGGGUAAGGAUAUUGGACAGCCGAUGUUGGGGCCGAAGAAGAAGUAGAAAAAAACAGAAGUUUUGAGGAUAUCACGCGAGUCCGAGUCAGAUCGGGGGGCUCACUCCAACAACCUAGAGUUUGCUUCUGGCGUACUGCUUCUUACUACGACGAAGUAUGAUAUGGAUUAGCGAAGCGGAACGGAAAUGAUUAAUUAGCGACAACCCCGAAUCAGGCCC